UUUGGUAACGAAAACAUCCAAAUUACAAGUGAAAAAUUGAAAGCAGAAAACCUUGUAAAAAUACUCUCAAAAUGUCCAACACCAAUCCGAUUCAUUCAGUUCAGAACACUUUUGAACUGUUUGCCGAUCCCGUACACUUCCCCAUAACGAUCGGCAACGAAAACUUCAUCAUCACCCAGCAGGACCAGCGGAACAUCCUAGACCGGCGAACCUGGUACCUAACCCACAUCCCGAAUCAACUGCCACCCACGCAGCAUCCUCCCCUGCCCCAGAACGACCUUCCCCAGCUUCCCCAGCUGCUCCAACAACUCGUAACCAUUCUGGGUCAGCUGCAAUCGGGAGACGGUGCCCUACCUCCGGAACCGUUCCGAUUUCACUACGAGAAGCAAACCUCAACUGAAGAUUUGGCCUACCAUUUGCGCCGGAUUGGCCUGCCGAUGGAACCAACGACCCUGGUGAAGCACGUCCACUUUGUGGUAGAUCGGACCUCCCGGGACAAGGGAACUGGCACGGUGGAUGUUACGACGUUGAGUCCGGAUGAAAACCGGAUGGUUUGUGAGUCGGACGAGGGACAUGCUGAAAAUUCCGAAGGGAGUCGUGAAGUGGUGGGUGGUGCGCUGGAUCGAAUUAGGAGGGCGAAGGAAGCUGGUGGAAAUUUUUGGUGAC